CAACCUAAUUAGCACUAGUUUGGCGUUAUUUUCAAUCGUAGAGGGCGUAAUCGAGCAAUUCGUCAGCAUACGGCGUAUUCACGAGGACCUUUUGCCGCGGAUAUAGACAAAUCUUUCGUAAAAUGUUGCAGAACGUUGCAUCAUGUAGAGUGAGUUUAAAAGGAGCUUCGAGAUUGGUGCGAUCAACAAGAAGCUUAAGAGAUGGCUCAAGGGAACGUGUACUGUCGCCUAUGCUUCCGUCGACAUCGACGGAAUUGCUCAAUUCACAAAUGCAGUCGCUUCGACUGUAUUCGAAUUCCGCACGACGACCAAGCUUUCUGUCUCAAUUGGUCGAGAAUAUCAAGCAGGAAAUGCAGAAAAACAAAGAGAUGAAGGAAUCAUUAAAAAAGUUCAGAGAAGAAGCUCAGAAACUGGAGCAAUCAGAAGCGUUACGAACAGCACGACAAAAAUUCCAAGCUGUUGAAUCUGAGGCCAGCAGAAGUUCAGAGGUGAUUAAAGAAAAGCUGGAUACGAUUAAAGAAAAGAUGCAAGAAGUUAUCGAGGAGGCGAGUAAGACUGAAUUAGGAAAACGUGCCGGCCAGUUGGGCGAAGAGAUAACGAAAUCGGCCAAAGGAGCAGCGGAAACGAUUUCCGAAAAGCGCCAAGCACUUGGUAAGACAGGUGCAUUUCAAACUAUAUCACACACCGCAGAGGCCGUACGGAAUGAACUUGACCAACAUGGAAUUCUAGGCAAAGUUUACGUUCCGCCUAAAAAGCUAAGAAAGAGGAACGAAAUACCAAUAGAACCUAGAGAAAUUAUGCCUGAUCAAAAAACAACAGGUGUGGAAAUGCAUAAGGAUUACAUGUUUUCCAAUGCUUGGGAAAAUUUUAAGGAUAAUAAUCCAUACGUAAAUAAGGUAAUGGACUGGAAGACGAAAUUCGACGAGUCAGAUAAUGCUGUACUACGCGCUUCCAGAUUGCUAACGGACAAGGUUUCGGACAUUAUAGGUGGGCUGUUUCAAAAGACCGAGCUAUCGGAAACACUUACAGAGAUCUGCAAGCUGGAUCCCACUUUUAGUAAAAUACAGUUCUUAAAGGACUGCGAGACUGACUUCAUCCCGAAUAUUCUCGAGGCGAUGAUUAGAGGCGACCUCGAGAUUCUGAAAGACUGGUGUCACGAAGGACCGUACAACAUAAUCUCGCAACCACAUAGGGAAGUUAAGAAAUUAGGCCAUUAUUCGGAUAGUAAAAUUUUAGAUAUUGACAAUGUAGAUCUAGUGAUGGGCAAGAUGAUGGAACAGGGACCGGUUUUAAUAAUUAGCUUUCAAUCUCAACAAAUCAUGUGCGUAAAAAACUCGAAGAACGAAGUGAUUGAGGGAGAUCCCCAGAAAGUUAUGCGUGUAAACUACGUUUGGGUACUGUGUCGCGAUCGAACGGAACUUAAUUCCAAGGCUGCGUGGCGUUUACUAGAUCUCAGUGCCACCAGUUCGGAGCAAUUGGUAUAGCGUGA